AUGGCCACUGGACCUUCCAGCAGCACACCAUGGCUGUAUCGCUUCUCUGUCUGGGUUGUUAUCUUGUUGGGAUGCCUUGUGUCAACAGUGAUGGCUCGUCGAGCUAACAGCAAAGAUACGAGUGGCGGCAAUGUACAAGUGGCAUUGGCCUCAGCUACGGCUCUGCUGGUUGGAUAUUGGAUGACCUCACCCACCAAAGAAGAAACCAAGACUGAGUAUCCUGCUGUCAACAAGGACAAGACACUCAUUUGGAGGGAAGACGAGGGUAUCAGCAAGUUGGUACCUUUGCAUCCCCGUGGCGCAGAGGACCCUACUAUCCUCAAAAAGUACACCAUGGCUGAGGUGGCGAAGCGCGAUUCUCCGGCUGAAGCAUGGAUCAUCAUUGAUGAACGUGUCUACGACAUUACCAACUUUGUCGCCAAGCAUCCUGGAGGCGAAUUGGUACUCUAUAACAUGGCCGGCAAAGACUGUACCGAUGCCUUUGCCAAUUACCACCAGGCUGCCAUCUACAAAAAGUGGCUACCUCCCUACCUCAUUGGACAAGUCACUGAUGUUCCAGUCUAUCCACAUGUACAAGACUUUAGAGAUAUCCGCCAAGAACUCCUGAGAAAAGGACUCUUUGAAACAAACCCUGUCUUUUACUACAAGAUGUAUGCUUGGUAUGCUACUCUCUUCUUCUCAUCCCUUUAUCUCACUCUCAAAUGCCAGUCCACUGCAGCUCACAUGCUGGGAGCAGCAUUCAUGGGAAUGUUCUGGCAACAGUUGGCUGGAUGGGGACAUGACAUGGGACAUUCCUCUAUCACACACAACUGUCAAUACGAUAACUUUGUUGGAUCGACCCUUGGAUGUGCCAUUCUGGGCUUUGGCGUGGGUUGGUGGAAGCGAAGCCACAACACUCAUCACGUUGUCUGUAACUCCAUCGAAAACGACCCUGAUAUCCAACACAUGCCCCUCAUGGCUGUCACACCCGAAAUCCUCAAGGCACCCUUCUGGAGCACGUACCAUAAGAAGGUCGUCGUUGCCGAUGCAGCAGCCCGAUUCUUUGUUAGCUACCAGCAUUGGUUCUUCCCCCUCCUUUUGGCGGCAGGCAGAUUCAAUCUCUACGCUCUGUCAUGGAUCUUGCCGCUGACUGCCCACAAACAGGAUGCCAUUGUCAUGCACAACAUUGGUAUGGACACCUACCAUGGCAACGCCUACAAUGAUGAAUCCGACGAAUGGUACAAAAUGCAGAUCAAAACCACCAUGAAUGUUGAUUGCUACGAGUGGUUGGAUUGGUUUCACAUCGGACUGCAAUUCCAGACCGAACAUCAUCUCUACCCCACUCUGCCAAGACAUAAUCUUCGCAUUGCCAGACUAAUGGCCCAACAAGUUUGCAAGAAGCACGGAAUACAGUACAACGAAACAACCUUUUUCCAGGGUGUCAUCAAGACAGUCCUGCACAUGAGGGCAACGGCGCUGGAAUGCCGCAAGGGCACCUUCGAUUAUCAAGCCAGUACCAGUCUUAUUAGGGAUUUGCUCAAUGCCAACGGGUAG